AUGGUGAUUAAGUUUCAGAAAGAAAACAACGCGUUGUUGAAGAGCAGACAAGAAGUUUUAAAACGAAGUUUCAGCUUAGAGCGAUCUCCAUGGAUUUCAGGAGUGCUGAGGAGCAACAAACGAGAAGAGAGAAACGAGAAUCGGAAUGUGCUGAACGGAUACUCGACUUGGUUGUUGAACAGACGAAUAAUUAUACCUUUGGAUGUUAAGAGCAGAUUUUGGAGGUCUUCGAUCAGUGAUCAAAGUCAACAAAAAUUUUUGGACAGAAGUCUUGUAACCCAAUUUAAGACAAAAAUGUUUUCUCCAUUCGUGAAUGGCCUUAAGCUAAGAGACGAGCAAGAGAAGCAUUUUGUUAAACAUUUCAAAAGCUAA